UUUUUCAUAGAAUUUUUUACAAUCCCCAAUUUUAUUUAAUAUCCAUUUUUAUUUAUUUAUAUUUAAUGUUUAGCUUAUUUUAUUCCAUAUUUUCAACAACAACGAAUUCAUUCUCUCCCCCAUUAAAAAUUUUAAACUCUUCAAAAAAUCCCAGAAAUAUUGAAGGAGGGAAUGCACUUUUUAUGGAUGUAUUAUUGGAGGAAAGCACUGAGGAGAUUGUUUUAAAUGACGCCGAAUUACAAUUUUAUGGGUUAAUUAGAAGACAUUUGAUAUGCCUUAUAGUUUUCACAUUUUUCUAUGCAAUAAGCUUUUGUUUGAUAAGAUAUAUAAAGACUCGAUCUGAUAAUGACGGUUAUUUUUAA